UGCCUGAACUUCCACCGCGAUGCACUCUGACAACAUGUGUCUGUGUGUGAAUGUAUUUUAACUGUGUGUGUGUGUGCGUGCGUGCGUGUGUGUGCAUGUGUAUAAGGGGGGUAUACAUGUACCGGCAAAGCAAUGGCUCUAAAUCGAGUGUCUCAACUCUGCCACGAUAUCACCAGGCUGUGGCUGCAACUGAAGAUGAUGACAGAUGACAUUCUGCAGAGGGAGGAUGGCCCUCUGUGUGCAGCAGAAAUUGGCUCUGAACUCCAGAAACAGUUUGCCAUCCUGCCAGGGGGCCGCGGGAUAAAUGGCAACCCUGUCAUCUUCUUCCCUGAAUUCCCAACUUUUAAUGAGCUGGAGGAGGAUGAGAUCCAAAAUGUCCUGAGCUACCUCACGAGUGUCCCCAGUGUUGCAGCAUCAGGAGUGGGUUUCAUCCUGGUCAUCGACAGACGACUGGACCGAUGGGCCGCUGUCAGGGCUACCCUGCUCCGCAUCGCAGGCUCAUUUCCAGGGAACUUGCACUUGGUUCUGGUGUUGCGUCCCACUACGUUGCUCCAGCGGACACUGUCGGACUUCCUGUUCAAGUACAACAAGGAUGAGUUCAAAAUGAAGGUGGUGAUGCUGAGUUCGGUGACUGAGCUCCACGCCUAUAUUGAUCCAGGACAACUGACCACAGAGCUAGGAGGAACACAGGAAUACUGCCAUGACAGCUGGAUUUCACACCGCACUGCUAUCGAGGCGUUCGCUCUCAUGGUGAAGACCACAGCUCAGACCCUGCAGGCAUUUGGCACUGAGCUGGCAGAGACAGAAUUACCCAACGAUGGCGAGGCUACCACAAACCUGCUGCACACACACAGUCUGAAGAAGGAUAAAAUGAAGGAGGACCUGCAGGUGGCGCUGUCUCAGGGGGGACGCUUGCUGGAGUGUAUCAACGAGCCUCUACAGACAGACCCCGAAUACAGCAUGACCCACGAUGAACUGGAAAACUUAGCUACUGUACAGAGACUCCUGGGUCAGCUGGAUGAAACAGAAACAGCUUUCGAUGAUUUCUGGGAGCGUCACCGCACCAAGUUGGAACAGUGUUUGCAGCUCCGCCACUUUGAAACGCACUUCCGUGAAGUGCGUGCCCAGCUUGAUGUCACAUUGGAGCGGUUAUCAGGCUUUUCGGAGGUCAGCGUAAGCCCUGUUCACGCUGAGCAUGUUCUCAGAGAACUCAGCGGGCAUGAAGAGAGGGCCUGUGAUGUACUAGACUAUGCCAUAUCCCUGGCCAACGAAGGUGACAGGCUGAUAGAAAACUCCCACUAUGCUGAGGACUCCAUCAGACCGAAGUGCAGUGAGCUGAGAGGAGCGUGUGAGGAGAUCAGCUCCACUCUGAGGAGCAAGAAGAGCUUCCUGCUCCGGGCGAUGGAGCUGCACCACGCUCUGGACAAGGCAUCACGGUGGUGUGAGGAGGGUAUCUUCCUGUUGGCUAGCCAGCCAGUGGACCGCUGUCAGUCUCAGGAUGGAGCUGAGGCAGCUCUGCAAGAACUGGAGCGAUAUCUUGACACUGCACCACUGCACACCGUCACUGACCGCAGCGCCAUCUGCUGCCAGUAUGAGGCAGUGCUCAAUACUCAGCUCAGGGACCAGAUAGAUAAAGUUUUCCAGAAGCAAAGCUCUGUCCAGGAGAUGUUCGAGAAGAGACGCAUCAGCCUGAAGAAACUUGCUGCCAAACAGACCAGACCAGUCCAGCCAGUAGCACCAAGACCUGAAGUGAAGUCUCCACAGUCCUCUCCCAAUCAACAGAGAAAAGAGAGGAGAAACUCUGCAGACAAUGUCAUCUGCAAAAAGGUGGAGUCUCCCAUACAUAACGGUGGCACCAGACAUGCUUCUCUAUCAGAAGAAGAAGAAAACCUGGCAGUGCUGAGGCGCCAUGUAAUGAAUGAACUGCUAGAGACAGAGAGAGCAUAUGUGGAGGAGCUACUGUGUGUGCUGGAGGGCUAUGCAGCAGAGAUGGACAACCCUGCCAUGGUUCACCUCAUGCCCAGCACGCUGCUCAGCAAGAAGGACGUCCUGUUUGGAAACAUGUCUGAAAUCUACCAGUUUCAUAAGAGGACGUUUCUAAAGGAACUGGAAGCGUACACUGACUGCCCUGAAUUAGUGGGCCGCUGCUUUUUAGAAAGGAUGAAGGACCUGCAGAUCUAUGAGGCUUACUGCCAGAAUAAACCUCGGUCAGAGAGCUUAUGGAGACAAUGCUCUGACUGUGCCUUCUUCCAGGAGUGCCAGAAGAAGCUGGAACAUAAACUUGGUUUGGACUCCUACCUCCUUAAACCUGUCCAGAGAAUCACCAAGUACCAGCUACUGCUGAAGGAAUUGUUGAAGUAUAGUAAGGGUUGCGAUGGCUGUGAUGACCUACAGGAAGCUCUCUCCUCCAUUCUGGGGAUCCUGAAAGCUGUCAACGACUCCAUGCACCUCAUUGCAAUCACAGGAUACGAGGGUAACCUGUCGGAGCUGGGCCGUCUGUUGAUGCAGGGCUCCUUCAGUGUGUGGACAGAGCAUAAGAAAGGUCACGCCAAGGUCAAAGACCUGGCCAGGUUUAAGCCUAUGCAGAGGCACCUCUUCCUGCACGAGAAGGCCCUGCUCUUCUGUAAGAGGAGAGAGGAGAACGGGGAGGGCUACGAGAAAGCUCCGUCUUACAGCUUCAAACACUCUCUCAGUAUGAGCGCGGUGGGCAUUACAGAGAAUGCUAAAGGAGACAACAAGAAGUUUGAGAUUUGGUGCAACUCCAGAGAAGAAGUCUUUAUAGUUCAGGCUGCAACACCUGAGAUCAAAACAGCAUGGGUGAAUGAGAUCCGCAAAGUUCUGACCCAACAGCUCAAAGCCUGCAGAGAUGCCAGCCAGCAGAAGAGCUCCGACUCUGUUUCCCCGAGUCCCACCAGCAACACCUCCAGCUCCCUCAGUCCCUUUCGUAGCAGCAAUCAGAAGAACCAGAAGAAGCAGGAGGAGAAGAAGGUGGAGCCGAAUACAGCCUCGGACACUAACUCCUCUUCUUCACCGAAACACAAAGGUAAAUGUUUGAUUCCUGCUGCAUGCUCUAGCACAGGCAUAAAUCUAUCAGUCAACUAUGGUCAUACGUCUCAAAAUGUUUUAUCUAUGCACUACUUAAAGCUGUAUUGUAUUCUUUCACUGAUCUGGACUCUUCUUUUCUUCAUCACCUUCAUCUCCACGGUUCCUCUCUCUAUCGCUCUACCUCCUUUAUUUUAUUUUGGGCUACAUCUCUCUUUUCGUGAUGGCUACACUCUCCUCUUUUCUCUACCUGCCUCCCAUUUCAAACCAUUGCUUCCAGAUGAACCGGUGACCAGUCCGACCACUGAUAGGUCGUCAGUGGCUAAAAAGCGUUUUACUUUGCAGGGCUUCAGCAAUCUCAAGAGUCCGAAAGGCUCAGCCCUGAGCCCUGAGCACGGCUCCAAACGCCACUUGGUCAAGAGUGACCCCACCCCAUUUGGGUUCAAAGGCUGGAACAAGGCGUCUCUCUCAGUCGAUGCCUCGGAAGAGAAUGAUGGGUACUCCAGCGGCGAGGACCCUAUGAACUCUGACCCUGAUGAUGAAGUUGGAAAGAAGCUGGCUCCAGGAAAGUAUACAGUGGUUGCAGACUGCGAGAAGGCGGGACCUCAGGAGCUGUCUGUCAAGAGUGGAGAUGUGGUCCAGCUAAUCAAAGAAGGAGAGGAGGGACAAUGGUUCGUGAAGAACCUUCGCAGCAGUAAGGAGGGCUGGGUGGCGGAAGCAAACCUCCUCAGCCUCAUCUCAGAGUCCAAGUCAUCCCAAUCACUCAGCAGCUCAGAUGACAGCGUCUCUGGGAACCUCAGCACUUCCUCCAGCUGCAGUGAGACUUACACCAGCUAUUCUGACAUCAAACCCUGACCUGCGAUCAAUCGCUGCUCUGGCUCUAUCUCCCACCAGCUUAAACCAUUUCCAGGUGGAAUUGCAAAACUGGAAGUUGACUCUGACAGGAAGACAGAAUCGAAAUGUUCCUUAGAUCUCACAGUUGGCCGCAUCCAACCGAAAACCAAAACUAUCACUGCAUCUGCGAAUGUUACUGGCUGAGUGUUAACAGCACCCGCCUUCUCUGGAUAUUUACAGUCACCUGUUGAUCUAUUUGUACAUGAAAAAUAGCUUAUUUUCCCCCAGCAGUAUUAAACUAUCCUUUGUUUUGUUUUUUUAAACAAUCAGAUUGAUAUUGAAUAUCAGCUAUUUGCAACUAUGAUUCAAAACUAUCAGCAUGCUGCUAGAAUUAUAAGUGUAGAUAUU